ACCCUCGGCUGAAUUAUUAAACGCGAGAGGUCAAGGUGAACAUACUUGGCGAUUUGCUGACAGGCAUAAGAUCGCUUUGCGUUGAUGGAUUUUCGACAUGUCAGUUAGCAAUCGUACCAUGUCGAGUGCUUUAGCUGAGCUAGUUUAAGCAUUCGUUCCAAUUCAUUCUUUUGGCGACGAUUCGAUCGGACAGUAAGGCUUACAGUUUCAUUCUCUGCAAUUUCUUCCUCCUAACAAUGUUAUGAGUGUUCUACUUUCUUUUAAACUCUGCACAAAUCGCGCAGUUUGAAAUUGAUGGAUGCGGAGAAAACGAAUAUGUAACAUGGAAGAAUAUGUACACGAUUAACAAUUACGCGAUAAAUCUAAAUCGGUUUUCCUUCGCGAUCCGCGGUUCGCAACGAUUUAAAGUAAUCCUGCGGAUUUAAAAACGAUGGCGAAGAAGCGGGAAUGCAUAUCAAUUCACAUUGGACAAGCAGGCGUCCAAAUGGGCAACGCUUGUUGGGAGCUUUAUUGCUUGGAGCAUGGGAUUCAACCGAACGGGCAAAUGCCUAGCGACACUACCAAGGGCUACGGGGAGGAUUCCUUCAAUACCUUCUUCUCUGAAACGGACUCGGGAAAGCAUGUACCGAGGGCCGUGUUCGUGGAUCUCGAGCCAACGGUAGUAGACGAAGUUCGCACGGGUGUGUAUAGGCAGCUGUUCCAUCCGGAACAGUUAAUCACGGGGAAAGAGGACGCAGCGAAUAAUUACGCGCGAGGCCACUAUACAAUAGGAAAAGAAGUCGUGGAUGUGACGCUGGAUCGAAUUCGUAGACUUACAGAACAAUGCAGGGGUUUACAGGGUUUCCUAAUUUUUCAUUCGUUCGGCGGUGGGACAGGAUCAGGAUUCUCGAGUCUCCUCAUGGAGAGAUUGUCCGUCGAUUACCCUAAGAAAAGUAAAUUGACGUUCAGCAUUUAUCCAGCACCUCAGGUAUCGACCGCCGUCGUAGAGCCGUAUAACGCGAUUCUUUAUACGCAUCCAACGUUGGAACACUGCGACGUGGCCUUCAUAGUUGAUAAUCAAGCUAUUUACGAAUUGUGUAGGAAAAAUUUAAGCAUCGACAGACCAACUUACACGAACUUGAACCGUUUGAUCGGUCAGAUCGUCUCGUCCAUCACCGCGAGUUUACGAUUCGACGGAGCCCUGAACGUCGAUCUUGCCGAAUUUCAAACGAACUUGGUACCCUACCCGCGCAUUCAUUUCCCCCUUGCAACUUACGCUCCCGUGAUAUCAGCUGCGAAAGCUGGUCAUGAGAGGAUUACGGUGUCUGAAAUAACGAACUCGUGUUUCGAGCCGCAAUGUCAAAUGGUUAAUUGCGAUCCGCGCAGAGGCAAAUACAUGGCAGUGUGUAUGCUUUAUAGAGGAGACGUGGUUCCGAAGGAUGUGAAUGCCGCGAUCGCUACGAUCAAAGGACAGAAGCACAUUCAAUUUGUAGAGUGGUGUCCGACGGGUUUCAAGGUAGGAAUAAAUUACCAACCACCUACCGUCGUGCCAGGUGGUGAUCUGGCGAAAGUGGAAAGAGCGGUGUGCUGCCUUUGCAAUACCACGGCAAUAGUUGACGCCUGGGCUAGAAUAGACCACAAAUUCGACCUUAUGUACGCCAAGAGGGCAUUUGUUCAUUGGUUUGUCGGCGAGGGUAUGGAAGAAGGUGAAUUCGCGGAGGCAAGAGAGGAUCUAGCAGCUUUGGAAUUAGAUUAUCGCGAGGUUCAAGAGGAUGCUGCUAAUACCGAAGAAGAAGAAGAAUAUUAAUUAUUCAUGCGACUCUUUCUCAAUGUCUAACUUUCUUUCUAGCUAUCUACUCAAACAAUAAACAGAAUGAAUCUAUAAA